AUGGAAGACGACGACGUUGGCCGCCUGUACGACCCGCCCCCGGCGCCGUUGCGGCUCCAGCAGCCUGGCCCCGACGUCCCGUCGCCCGCCCUGCUCGUGCCGUCCGACGCCGUGGUGAGUAUCGAGCACCCGUGCAUUGUCAAGAACAUUGACAAUGGCAUCAAGUCGCUGGGUGGCCGCGUUGUGUUGGACAAGUUCCUCAACACCAAGGACCGUGACAAAACCAUUGGCGCCUCACUUCGGCCCAAUGACCCCAUGGCCAAGCCCGUCAUGUCCAGCUUCACCAAGACGCAGAAUUUGCUGCUGCGCGUCUCUCUCCCCAAGCGGACCGGCAGGAAGCGUAAAAGAGGCUCAGAUGGGCCGUGGCUAGAUGCGCCAGAAGCAUCCGAACCACCGCAUGCAGACGCGCAGGUCCUCUUGCAAAGUCUGCGCGACAACCCUGACAACUACAGCGUUCAGCCCGUGGGGUUGGCGCAGGAGAACCACCGUUUCCGCCAGCUGCCUGACUUCCAAUAUGCCACCUCCACACUCCCCCUCGGAAACAUGCUGCGCGAGACGUUUUUGCCUUUUCAGUAUCCAAAACUCAAGAACUUCAAACUGAGUGAUGAGCGAGGUAAUCAUCCAGAGCCGGACAUUGGCCCGUCCGCCCAGUUCUCCAUGAUAGAGGUGCCCUACAACUACUCGUACCGCCAAAAUCCGGCUGUCAAGAUUCUACAAGACGAGCAAGGCCGGCAGAUCAUGUAUAAUCCAACUGCCAGUCGCAAGUUCAUCAUGCACUCUGUGGAUAUUGACGCCGAAAACAUCUUGUACGAGUCUCCAGUCCCUCUCCCGCCUGAGGAGUCACUGGAGCCCCAUAUCCGCGACACGAUUGCCAACAUGCGCAAGCUUCUCGAAGAGCGGCCUAUCAUGACGAGACGCUAUCUUUCCAACCACAUUGAAGCCCCAACUGACGAUUCAAUUCGAAGUUCAUUUGCCUACGUCGGCUAUUCCUUCAAGUCCGGCCCUUGGCGUGAUACGCUCAUCAGAUUUGGAGUAGACCCCCGAAAGGAUCCCAAGUAUCGACAUUAUCAGACGCUCAUGUUCAAGAUCGUCAUCCCGUCCAAGAAGGAAUCAAGUGAAGAUCCGAAUAAGUGGAUGGACGCGCGAAAUGUUUGGCGUAGGGAAGCAAAGCCGAGGAACAUGAAGCUGACCACGCACAUUUUCGACGGCAAAUCACUCACACCAGACGGUAAAGUCUGGCAGACAUGCGAUAUCACGGAUCCACAGCUCCGCCGAAUUCUUGACACCGACAAAUUGCGUACCGAAUGCAACAUCAAAUCGGAUGGAUGGUAUCUCAAUGGCACCUGGGCAAAGGUCAAAGUCCUCAUGCGUGACAAGAUCAACAUCGUUAGGGAGGGCGGCACACCCAGAGAUGAGGAUUACAAGCGGAUCGUCGACUUCCCGGAUCUGAUUACACCCGAAAACCUCCAGCAGACGUCAGUUGGCCGGGAUUCGACAGUGUCGGAGAAAGAAUACAAAAUGCUGGCCGAUAUCCGUAAUCUAGCCAAACAGAACUUCCGCAUUUGGCGAAAAGACCAGGGGACUGAGAAUGCGGACGUUGAUAUGGCAGACUUGGACGCCCCCAGCCAGCAGUCCGACUCUAUCAUGGCCACUCCAAGCAGAUACGGCAAUAUGGAUGGUCAUCUCCGAAAAGCUGAUGAGGAUUCUCCAUCAGCACAAGAUGGUACUGAACAAGAUGAUUCAGAAAUGGACGAAGAUUUGGAGGACGGCGAUAUGACUGUUAUUGUCGCCAGUGAUGAAGAAGAUUCUGAUGGGGAUGAGGAUAAUGGCCUGGAUGAUCUAAUGGGCCCUAUGGAUUACGACGAGGGCAGUGACGGUCAAGGUGACGAUGAUUGA